UGAUUGUCAGUGCGUAUUUACCAAUUUUUUUAUCGAUAAAGUUGAUUGUUUCCUUAAUAUACUGUCUAAAGAUCCUAAAUCAGUUUUAAUAUGUAUUAGAAAUAUAAUAGUUGUAUCGAAAACAAGUUAACAUCGAGGCAGUUAACUUUCCCGACUCGGUGCGCAGCAGCCAUGUGUGAAUAGUUAUUAUAACCGUUAGGAAUUUAGGAUGCUGCCGGGCAUCGGAGUCUUCGGGACUGGCUCAGUCGCCAAGGUGCUCGUGCCAUUUCUAAGAGAAAAAGGAUUCGUUGUCGAGGCAAUAUGGGGAGUCACGCUGCAAGAGGCGGAGGCUGUCGCCAAAGAACUCAAAAUACCGUUCUUCACUAACAAAAUCGAUGACGUCCUUUUAAAGAAGAAUGUGAACCUUGUGUUCAUUGUUUGUGCUCCAAAUUUACACGCUCAGAUUUCUGUGAAGGCCUUGGGCAUCGGCAAGCACGUCGUUUGCGACAAACCAGCUGGGCUUUGCCAAGCCGAGGCUCUUAAAAUGGUGCGCGCCGCCCAGUACUACCCCUCUCUGAUAUCAAUAAUAAACCAUUCACUGCGAUUCUUGCCUGCGUUCAGCCACAUGAGGAAAUCUAUCCAAGAGGGUUAUCUUGGAAGUCCAGAUGAACUAACUCUGAUGGAUGUAAGAGUACAAAUGGGCUCUUUAUUAGGGGACACAUACAACUGGUUGUGUGAUGAUACUAUGGGAGGCGGUACACUAACGCUAGUUGGCAGUCAUGUCAUAGACUUAGUUACAUAUUUAACUGGACAGAAAGUUGUUAAGGUACAUGGAGUAUUGAGAACAUUUGUUGAGGAGACUACCAAAGUCAAUGGCAUCAGAAAAAUAACAGCACCCGAUUUCUGCACAUUCCAACUACAAAUGGAUAAGGGUUUGUUGGUGACGGCCACUCUGAACAACCACUUGCCAGGGCCCUGCUUCAACCAAGAGAUAUACAUGUGUAGUAAGAAGGGUUAUUUAGUUGUCCGAGGUGGGGAUUUACAUGGUAGACUGCACAAACCUAAUACAAUUAAAAUAGAGGAGGAGAGCAAAAGAGGCCAUGAGAAAGAGGAGGUUAUUUAUGUUGAUGUGGAAGACCUGAGUUGCGCUUCUAGUGUCAUUCCCAAGCCUUAUAUAAAAGGCUUAUGUAAAAUGAUUAGUGCUUUAAAAGAAGCCUUCUUGCCUGUGAAAGAGCAAAUGGAUUGGAUAAAAGAACCCGUGAGAGCUGCUGCUACAUUUGAGGACGGGCAGAGGGUGCAGGCGGCAAUGGAAGCCCUCCGCCAGUCAUGUGAAGAUGGCUGUUGGACAUCAGUGCAGUUGUUGACGGAGCCCCCAGAUCCCAACCCGGCUCUGUCAGCUGCAGUUCGCCGAACUGCUAUUUCUUUACAAUAGAUUUGCAUUUAAAUCAAAUUUUGAUAUGCCAUUAUCAAGUACCUUAAUUACAUUGUAAGCAUAUUAUUUUGUUAAUUUGGGUUAAUGUGUAUUGUUCCAUGUAUUAUUUUGCCUGUCUGCCUAAUAAUUAUAGUAUUAUAUUGCCUGCUAAUUUAAAUGGGUAAAAGGCAAUGUUUGCCUAUGAAAUCUUACAGAAUUCAGUAUUUUGUUCAGUUUUUCCAAUGUAAUGCACAGUAUUAUAGUGGAAGAGUAUGUUAAAUUUCAUUCAUUCAUAGUCAUGAUACAGAAGUAAUUUACUAAUUACAAGCUUAAGUAUUAUUAACAUCAUAAGUUUUAUACAGUUAGGUUACAAUCAACUAAAAAAAAACUUGUCUGAUAUUGUCAGUCUGUUCUCAUGCAUAACUGCAAGCUUUUUCUUUAAAUAAUAUCUUUAUUCAAUUUAUAUAAUAAAUAAUCGAUUUAAAGAUAAGCUAGAGUCUGUUCAGAAACAAGACGGAUUCUAUGAUUAUAGAAUGUGUUGGUUCCCAUACUUUCCACGACUCUUCGACAUGAGUCCAUGUCUGUCCUUAUUUAUUUAUUUUAAACUUUCUUACACAUCAUAAAAAGCACAGAUGGCGGACUUAAUGUCUCAUGACAUUCUCUACCAGUCAAAUCCUUAGAUCUGGGCGAACCAAUAAAAAUUACCUGUAUUUUUGUAAGUGUGGACUGUAUUCUCAUUAUUUAGCAUGCUAAUAAUUGCCUUGUUAAAAUUUAACAUAAUAUGAGCUAUUUUGAACAGAUGUAUUCACUGUGAUAGAUAAAAAUAUUAAAAUUGUGACUAAUUU